GGCCGCCACCGUGGAGACUAUCCCAGUUAGUCGCUCUUUUAGUGAUAGCAAAGGCAUCGCCUCUCUAUAUGUCAGAGCUUUUAAGAAAACUGCACUGUUUUCGGCUACUACUCCGUACGUUACGACUCUUCGCUCAGGCCCGCAGCACUGUGCUGUGUCACGCCCUGGCCAAGUUCUCAACAUAUAGUGCGAGUAAUGCUCUUUGAAGCCAGGGGUAUUUAUGAAUUACCCCCGCUCCAAUUAUUUUCUUCAUCUAGAGCGUAUUUUGCUGUCUUUUGCCCUCCGAAGUUUUGAGAGUUAGAAGUGUAGGACAAUCUGCCGUCAGAGCACUUCAUCUCAAAGCCAUGGCCGAAUUUAUUAUCAAGGACGAGGAUUUGACUGGCAUCAAGGGCAAAGUGGUCAUUGUCACAGGCAGCUCGUCAGGUAUAGGUCUCGCAACCGUCAAUCUACUCCUAUCACUAGGAGCAUCCGUCGUUGGCGGCGAUAUCAACCCCCCGUCUGCCACCAGCUCGACAGAAUCACCCGAAUUCCUAUUUGUGCAAACAAACGUGACCAGCUGGGCCGACCUGAGCAACUUGUUCAAACAGGCAAAGGAGCGCCACCAACGAAUCGAUUACGUUUUUGCCAAUGCUGGCAUUGGUCCCCGUGCUGACUAUCUCUCUCUUGCUACAGACGAGAAUGGAGAGUUGAAGGAACCAUCACACGAGGUUCUAGAUAUCAAUUUGAAAAGCGUGGUCAACACGGCGUCUCUUGCCGUGCAUUACCUAAAGCAGCAGUCGGAGGGUGGAAGUAUUGUGCUUAUGGGCUCUAGCACCGGCUUACAACCCCUUCGAGCUCCGGAUUAUUCUACGGCUAAACACGGUGUCCUCGGAUUCGGAAGAGGCUAUGCGCGCCUAGUAGAGGCUGCAGGGCUGCCUAUUCGGAUCAACACUCUCAUGCCAUGCUGGACGACAACCAGUAUCCUUCCGAAUAUGGACGGGCUUAUGAAGGGAAUCUCGCAUGAAGCGCAGACUGGGUUGGUGGUAGCGCGAUGUACUGCGCAUCUCAUGGUCGAUGCGUCCAAACACGGAAACGUGAUUUAUAUCGCCGAUGGAAAGUACAAGGAAAUUGAAAAGGCGGUCCUCUGGCCGGCAUACGAGUCUAUCAAAGGAGAAGGAAAUCCCAGCGAUGAUGAUGUUUUGAAACGUAUAUUCGAACUCGCUCAGUGAUAACUAUCUAGUCGGGGUUGGAAGAAAAGAAUCUAGAGGAAGAUUCAUAAAUCCUCGGAAUCCCUAUUUUUACCAAGACGAUAUAAGCUAACAGU